AUGGCCUCUCUCACAGUGCUCAAUGGUCUCAGCGACCACCAGACCUUGGACAAUAACAGCAACAGCAGCAACAACAGUUGCUCGACUGCGACAUAUCUCUUGACCACGUCCGUGAUAGCGACGACGACGACGCAAACGACAUCGACGACGAAGACCACCAAAAUCGCUCCCAAACGACAGCGCAGUUCGGACUCCUCUUCGUCAACGCCGAAGCGCCGCUCGUCGCUGGGAGCGCAACGGGGCGGCGCGGCGCCGGCCGUGGCGCGUCGCAACGAGCGCGAGCGCAACCGCGUGCGCCAAGUCAACAUGGGCUUCCAGACGCUGCGCCAGCAUGUGCCCAACGGUGCCAAGAGCAAGAAGAUGAGCAAAGUCGAGACUCUGAGAUCGGCCGUCCAGUACAUCAAGCAGCUCCAGCAGUUGCUCAACGAGGAUGGCUCCAUCGACGAUGCGGACGAGAACAGUGCGCCCUCGCUUCAGUUCCAUCCCUCGCAUCUUCAGCAUCCCUCGCACCUCGCGUUCCAAACGAGUUUCGAAGCCAGCCUCCACCUUCCCGGGUCGGCGCAGGCGGUCGGGUUCAGCGCCGUCGCUUCACCGGGCUGCUCGGCGGCCAGUUCUCCGACUCCCAGUCUUGGUUCCGAAGCUGCCAGUUCGCCCUACGACAGUCUCAGUCCGGAGGAUGAAGAGCUUCUAGACUUCACGACGUGGCUGUCUUAA